AUGUCGGACGACUCCGCAAUUGAGAGGCUUUUCAAGUCGAUAGACAAAGAUGGCUCCGGAAAAAUAACAGCAGAUGAACUAAAGUUGGCCUUGGAACAGUGCGGAUGCAAAUAUCCCGUAGACACUAUAAAUUUAUUCAUCAAAGAAAACGACACCAAUGGCGACGGUCAGCUUGACGUGAAAGAAGUGAAGUUGUUCUUCAAAAGUUACAAGUCAAGCUAA